AUGUCCGCCCAUGGCCAUCCGUCCCCGAACCCUCAGUCCGGCACCAAGAGGCCACGGCCGGACGCGUUCGUGGACGAUGACUUGGCCCGUCGAAACGCCGAUCGCGGGAGCAGCCCCCUCGACCGCCAGAGCCACACCAUGCACAAGGCGAACCAGAGCAGCACCUUUCGCAACGUGAGCGCGUGCAACCGUUGCCGGCUGCGAAAAAACCGAUGCGACCAAAAGCUGCCGAGCUGCGCCAGUUGCGCCAAGGCCGGUGUCGCCUGCGUCGGCUACGAUCCCAUCACGAAAAAGGAAAUUCCUCGGAGGUCCGUCCGAAUCGUGCCCCAUGAUGAUGCUGAUGAUGAUGGUGCAUGCUGCCACAUUUCAUGGAGCCUGCAGGGCUGA